CAAAUUGCGCAUAAAAGGAGASGAGAUAAUGUUGGAAAUAGAAAGACACAAGUUGUGUCCAGAAUAAGUUAGUUUUCCGUGUUGUAAUACGUCUCAACCAUGAAAAGCUGAUACAUAUUACAUUGGAUUUCUAUCUUUAUUCACUUGGAUGGCUCGUGGGGUUUGUCUGGUUGUUUUAAUCUGUUUCGUGCAGUAUUUUCCUCGAAGCUUUGUCAAAGGACUGACCAAAGGACUUUAUACUAAUACAUGGGUGGUCUACACUGAGAAAGGCAAUGAAUAUGUCGAUAAAAUAGCUAGAGAAAGAGGAUUUAUAAACCAUGGACAACAGGGAGGACUUGAAGGGUAUUAUUUGCUUGAACAUAAGCGAGUUUCCAAGCGGACAAGACGCAGUUUAGAUCACCAUACGGAAGGGUUUUUGAGUCUACCACAUAUAAAGUAUGCAGAACAACAAAAAAUUCUUUCUCGGCAAAAACGAGGUUAUUUUUCCGAUCCUAUGUUCAAAGAUCAGUGGUAUCUACAAAAUACAGGUCAGUCACCUGGUCCUAAAGGAUUAGACAUAAAUGUUUUGCCUGUCUGGAAAAAGAACAUUUCAGGCAAGAAUGUAGUGGUAACAAUACUCGACGACGGAAUAGAGUAUACUCACCCUGAUUUAAACGAUAAUUAUGAAGCAUCCGCAAGCUGGGACUUCAAUAGUCGUGAUAGUGAUCCUAUGCCACGAUAUACUUCUGAUAAAGUCAAUAAACACGGCACAAGGUGUGCUGGUGAAGUCGCAGGCAAGAAAGAUAACGGCAAAUGUGGAGUAGGUGUGGCAUAUAAUGCUCGUAUAGGAGGAGUACGGAUGCUUGAUGGUGAUGUUACUGAUUCCGUCGAAGGUAGUUCUCUGUCACUUAAAAGUAACUUCAUUGAUAUAUACAGCAGCAGCUGGGGUCCUGAUGACGAUGGUAGAACAGUUGAUGGUCCAGGAAAUCUGGCCAAGAAAGCUUUCAGAGAUGGUAUACGCAAAGGCCGUAAAGGUCUUGGAUCUAUUUUUGUUUGGGCCACUGGUAAUGGAGGAAGGUUUAACGACUACUGUAGUUGCGAUGGUUAUAUCACAAGUAUAUUUACCAUCUCAAUUGGUGCCGUUAAUGACCGGGGAAAGUCACCAUGGUAUGCCGAGCCAUGUCCUGCUACCUUGGCUGUCACAUACAGUAGUGGUGAACCAAGGGGACCUGACCUUAAGAUUGUAACAACUGAUUUGGAAAAAGGAUGCACCAAGGAGCACACUGGGACAUCUGCAGCUGCACCAUUGGCAGCUGGAAUAUUCGCUCUGGUGCUUGAAGCUAACCCCAAACUGUCCUGGCGAGAUCUUCAACACUUGAUUGUGAACACGUCCAAGAAGACUGACCCCAACGACUCUGAAUGGCAAGUCAACGGUGCUGGCUACCAUGUUAAUAACAAAUUUGGUUUUGGUGUUCUGGACACAGCUGGUCUGGUGGACGCAGCCAUGGAUACGAACUGGAAAACCGCUGGUGACCAGCACAUUUGUAAAGAGCUUGGUAGCAUUGUUAACCACCCCAUUCCUAAAAAAAGGUCGUUGACCUUGAAAUUAAAAUCUAAUGGCUGCGCAACCAAGUCUAACUGUGUGACGUCAUUAGAACACGUGCGUGUUUACGUCACGAUUAGUCACAGACGGCGUGGUUCCCUGACAAUCACCUUGACAUCCCCAUCGGGCACUAAGUCUGACCUGCUCAAACAGAGAUCCAAAGACUUUUCAGAUAAAGGUUUCCACAACUGGCCGUUUAUGACCGUUUUCGCAUGGGGCGAGAAUCCGCAGGGGAAAUGGACCCUAGAGGUUCAAGACCACGCAGGCAUUGGAGGCACCCUAGAAAGAUGGUCCCUUAGGUUUUACGGUACGUGUAUAGAACCCAGUCCUAAUGUUACCGUGGCAGAGAAGAAGACUUGUAAGGAUGUCUGCAAGAAGGGAUGUCCCUUGGAGUUUGCUUCGUCUUGUAAGAACUGUUCACAGUACUGCCAGUGUUCCACUGGGGAAUGCGUUCGAAACUGCGACGAGGAAGACGAAAUUGACGAAGGUUCGAAGCACUGCCUUCCUCCAAACACAUUCACCGAGACGGAGAAGAGGUUCUGUAAAGCAAAGUGCAAAAAUCCUUGCCCUAAGGCUAAAUUUUGCAACUGUCGCACUGGGCAGUGUGUAAAAGCAUGCGGUCACGAGGACAAGAUUGAUGCCAAACAACAACGCUGUUUCACACCAGAUGUCCUUUAUUACAAAUCACAUGACCAGAACAAUGAAUCACGUGAGAUAUCCAAUACCUACAUGUGGCUGAUCAUUUUCAGCUUACUCGGGCUUCUUCUAGCCGGUGUUUUAAUCAUGUACAUGUUUAAGGCCAAGCACCAGUUAUGUUGGGCGAGACCCUCUAUUACCCAUACCUCACCGCAAAGGAACGUCAGUUAUGCCCCAGUGUCACUGAAUAACGAUCCUAGUGAGACUCCAGUUCAAUUACUACCACCAGAACAACAGGUUCUUGUAGAAAACACCGCAUAGUCCGGUACAUAACACCGUAAAGUCAUAGUACUAGAAUCUCCUAUUUCAUAACACUGUAAAUACUGUUAGUCUGAUAGACAAUUCUCUGGGAAUUUUGCAUUGUGUAUUUUUUACUAUUACUGACCUACAAUUGUUAAUAUUUAGAAUAUCAAAUUGUCCGAGCACAGUUUUGAGAAAAGCUUUCUUAUAUAAAUAAUUUUUGAUAAAUUUUUAAUAUUUCAAAACCAAGAAUUCAAUUCAUAGUUCAGAGCCUCACGAUAAUGGGCAACUCGCGUAUACGGACACCGGUCGACUUAUGAUACUCGUUUCCACCUCUAACAGUUUGAAAUGUCAUGUGUUUGUAAGCGAAAAGAGCUUGACCUGUCCGUUUUAUCGAGGUUUGUACUUGCUCAAAAAGCUGGAAUUCAUUUUCUCAGUGUCUGGUUACGCGAGUUGUCUUCCUUCAUCCGUCGCAUGUUCUUUUUGUAUUCAUACCUAGUUUUGACGUCGAAUCAACAUGCGUCGAAUGAACCGAAUGCAAUCGAUAAUUUAUCGGUAUUACGUCCGUCACCUCAUCGGGCGUUAUUACAUUCGACAACCGUGAAGUACGACGUUGAUUCAGGAACUCAUUCAAAUACGUAUUUUUCUAAAUCUUAAACAGUCAAUUUUGAUUGUUAAGCGAAUUAUUCAGGGAUUGUGAAUAGAAGGAAUCGGUGUAGGGUAGGGUUCUGAUGAUUCAUAAUUUGUAACUGUCGAUAUUUGCGAACAGUACAGCCAUUUUCAAUAUUAACCUUUGCAACUCAUUCAGCAAACUCUUUCAGCUUAGAUUUGUUUUCCCAUUUCAAACCACUUAAGUUUAUGUAACCAAUUAAAACAUUUCAUAGGAAUUGUCACAGGACCAGGAAUUCGCUUCUCCUUAGCACCUACAUUGUAGCCUCAUAUUUUGUUUGCCGCACUCUUUAAUUCUUCGUUUUCAAGCUGCGUCACAGCGGCCAUCUUGGAGGAACUUCAACAAAGGAUUUUUCAUUAGUAUCUACUGUUCAUUCAUCCAACAUGGCCGCUGGUCUUUUAUCUUUUGAAUGUCGUGGGAAUGAUUGAAAACAAUCAAUUGGCAGGUUGUAUUCAAACAUGAAGAAGUCUUUUUUAGAGACCAUAUUAUGAUCCAAGUCAAUUCUCGUGUUGAAUAAACUACUUUUCUUCCGGUUACUAUUAAAAAUGGCUGCGCUAUCAUUGAAUACCUUAAACCCUUUAAUGCUGGCACUGACGUGACGUGUAACGUCACGUAAUGUAACGUAGCGCUCGUUACCAAUUAGCAACCAUUAAUUUAUUAGUCUGCUAUUUUUUUAUCCAUGAACAAACUGUACGCCAUUGUGCAGUAAUUUGUUGUGUAAAUACAGACAUUUUCUAUUAUUAUCCACCAAGUAGAAUUUAAAAUAAUCUGACAUUAAUAUCAAUCUGUGAUUGACAGAAUUUGUGAAUAAGAGAACACUUAAUAAAUAACUUCAGUUUUGUA